AUGCCGGUGCUCCAGCUGCAAGCGGCCGAAGCGGCCGUGUCGGCCGGCAAGCAACGGGCCGCCCAAGCCUUGGCCCAGCGCUCGGCCACCGAGCCGUUGAAGACCGCGUUGAAACCCACGGAUCCAACUAAGUUGGAAAAUCGUAUUCCAAAGAAGGUGAAGCUGGAAGGCCCCUUUAAGCAAGAUGAGGAGGAGGAUUUGGAAACUUUGAUCAGGGAGGUGGAUCACUUUGACCCCAAAGCCUUGGUAAAGCCAGCAGGGGCGCCAGGGGACAAGGACAAGAAGAUUGAUCCACGUUCCAGUAGUCCUGAUCGCCACACCUUGCAAGAACAAAUUGAGCUGCUGGAGUUGGGCAUGGCGAGGGUCGUGGCUGAAUUCCGUGCUCAAGCAGAAGAGGUGCUGAUGCAGCAUUUAGAUGGCCUGGAAGAAGUUCAACAAUCCCAUGAAUUCGAGAUGGCCAACCUGUUGGCCGAAAACCUGCUCUUGCGCGAGAAAGUCGGCUUGAAAUCCACUGAGAAUGUCCAGCAGGUGAUGUUUCAAAACAUGGCGCCUCCCGAGCCAAAAAAGAAAGCCAAGAGAGGACGGAAUGCGUUUCAGGAUGAUGAAGACGAUGGGAAAAAGAAAAAUGACAUGGCAUUCCCGCCGCCCCAGAAUCAGAGAACGCAGCGGACAAGCCAGCGGAAAGGGGGAAAAGACCCAGGUGGCACCUGGCAGGCCUUUAUGGCCUGGGUCCCCACAGGAUCUUCCAUGCAGAACCCAGAGCCCUGGAAACCAUUGCCCCAGGGAGAAAUUGCACAAGCCAACCCGUCCCCGCCGGCGAAGGGAGGGCGCCAGGUGAUCAAGCGCAAUGUCAGCGUGUUGCCGGGCUCCCCUUCAGAGGAACCGGAGAAGCGCGCCAAGGAAGAGGGUGAAGAUUCCGACUCCGACAGCGGCCGCAGCACGGUGGCGGGGGAGGAGCAAUUCGAGCUGUUGGACCUUUGGCGAGCCAAUGAGAAACAAAUGCGGAAGAUGAAACGAGGAAGUCAGGCAGAUGCCGAGAGCUCCAUUCCCUUCAGAGAGGAUGAGGAUGACUAUCAGGAACCCCCGCCACAUGGAUGGAUUCUGAAUCCGGAUGGGAAAAUCCGGGUCUCCUGGGACCUGGGAAGUCUCAUUAUGGUCUUGUAUGACCUGGUCAUGAUUCCCAUGCAAGCCUACACUUUGCCGGAAAAUCUCUUCUUAGAUUUUAUGGAGUGGACGACUCGGAUGUUCUGGACCUUCGACAUUUUCUUUUCAUGUACGACUGGAGUGGUACGUGCAGAUGGGACGGUGGAAUAUGAUCUCAAGACCAUCCUGAAGCGCUAUGCGAAGACCUGGUUGGGCAUGGAUUUACUGAUCGUAUGCUCGGAUUGGUCAGAGGUGAUCUUUUCUUCUGGAGGUACCUCCAUGAUCACGUUGGCGCGUAGCACCCGCAUCAUUCGCAUCGUGCGGCUGCUACGCCUGGUGCGGAUGCAGGAAAUCAUGACCAACGUCACUGAGCGGAUCCAAUCAGAAGCGCUGGGGCCAGUGGUGCAGGUGAGCAAGGUGACCAUCGUCCUAAUGACGCUUUCGCAUUUCACCGGCUGCCUUUGGUUCGCCAUUGGUGCUCGCGAUACCUCUGAAACGACCUGGGUUCAGGUCGGCGGCUAUCAAACGCAAGGAGUGGAAGCGCAGUACCUUGCCUCCCUUCACUGGGCUCUUACGCAGUUUUCAGGCGGCAUGGACGAGAUUUAUCCUGCGUCCCCACUGGAGCGUCUCUUCGCGGUCUUGAUCGGUUUAUCCAUCUUCGUGGUCGCCCUGGUGAUGCUUGGCGUCUUCACCUCAGGCCUGACGCAGCAGUACAUCAUCGGUGGCAGCGGGGCGCGGCAGUUAGCUACUCUCAAGAGGUAUUUGAAGCAGAACAACGUCUCCAAAGUCAUCACCAAGCGCGUGUGCCGAAAUGCGAAGCAUGCGAUUUCCGGAGACCUCACUCCUGAGUCCGUCGAGCUCUUGACGGUGAUUUCGGAGCCGCUAAAGGUGGAAUUGGCAUUUGACAUGUACUCGCAGGUCUUGAUGUGGCAUCCUUUCUUCCUGGACCUCCUGCAAGAAAAUUCUCCCAUCAUGCGCCCAAUCUGCCAUCGCGCCAUGCACAUGCUCCUCCUUUCCGCCACGGACAAUAUCUUCCAAAUGGGCGAGGAACCUGCAGAGCCCAAAAUGUACAUUGUGGUGUCGGGAUCUUUGGAAUACACGGACUCCUACGGCGAAGUGGCGCAGGUAGCAGAGAAGCGACAUGUCGCCGAAGCCGUCUUAUGGACCAACUGGAAGCAUCGCGGAACUCUGACGGCGGUGAGCGAUGCCAAGUUAGCCAUGCUGGACGCGCAGGGCUUCCACAGCAUUGCCCAGCGCUUCAUGCGCCGCAGCGAAGCAGCCCUGAGGAUCGUGCAGUAUGCCAACCAGUUUGUUGAGGAUUUGAACAAGUCGGAGUUCAAGACUGAUUUGGGCUAGAAAAAAUGGAGACGAAUCCGCAGCUGAGUGUGCCGGCUACCAACAUCGCACUACGCAUGGAAUAGACUACUGAUUGGAACGUGGAAUUCAGGCCUGCUGAUGCUUGCGUUACGCACGAUGUGCAGAGAUUUAUGAAGAUGCUUUGCCUUCAAUUGGCAAGCUGAGUUUGAGCUGAGUACGAUCACAGUCCGCGGGUGCUAUCUUUCGGAUGAUGUUUGUCCGCGAAAUUGAGUCGCAC